AUGAGCCGCCACUUCUUAUACUUCUGCAGUGAACCUACCCUGGAUGUGAAGAUUGCCUUUUGUCAGGGAUUCGGGAAACAAGUGGAUGUGUCGUAUAUUGCCAAAUAUUACAAUAUGAGUAAAAGCAAAGUUGACAACCAGUUCUACAGCGUGGAAGUGGGUGACUCAACCUUCACAGUUCUCAAGCGCUACCAGAACUUGAAGCCGAUCGGCUCUGGGGCUCAGGGAAUAGUUUGCGCUGCAUAUGAUGCUGUUCUCGACAGAAAUGUGGCCAUCAAGAAGCUCAGCAGGCCGUUUCAAAAUCAAACGCACGCUAAGCGAGCUUACAGGGAGCUAGUCCUCAUGAAGUGUGUGAACCACAAAAACAUUAUCAGUUUAUUAAAUGUCUUCACGCCACAGAAAUCUCUGGAGGAAUUCCAGGAUGUUUAUUUAGUAAUGGAGCUGAUGGAUGCCAACUUGUGCCAAGUGAUUCAGAUGGAGCUAGACCACGAGCGAAUGUCUUACCUGCUGUACCAAAUGCUUUGCGGCAUCAAGCACCUUCAUUCUGCGGGAAUCAUACACAGGGAUUUAAAACCAAGUAAUAUUGUGGUAAAAUCUGACUGCACAUUGAAGAUUCUGGAUUUUGGACUAGCCAGGACAGCGGGCACUAGCUUCAUGAUGACUCCAUAUGUUGUCACACGUUAUUACAGAGCACCGGAAGUCAUCUUGGGAAUGGGCUACAAGGAGAACGUUGACAUGUGGUCAGUAGGGUGCAUCAUGGGAGAAAUGAUCAAAGGUGCCGUGUUGUUUCCAGGCACUGAUCAUAUUGACCAGUGGAAUAAGGUAAUCGAACAGCUGGGAACGCCUUGUCCGGAAUUCAUGAAGAAACUCCAGCCCACAGUACGGAACUACGUGGAAAACCGACCUAAAUACGCAGGCCUCACUUUCCCCAAACUUUUCCCGGACUCUCUCUUUCCAGCCGAUUCAGAACACAACAAACUCAAAGCUAGCCAAGCCAGGGACCUUUUGUCAAAGAUGCUAGUGAUUGACCCAGCCAAGCGGAUAUCAGUGGAUGAAGCCUUACAGCAUCCGUACAUUAAUGUUUGGUAUGACCCCGCAGAAGUGGAGGCGCCACCUCCGCAGAUAUAUGAUAAGCAGCUGGAUGAAAGAGAACACACAAUUGAAGAGUGGAAAGAAUUAAUCUACAAGGAAGUAAUGAAUUCUGAAGAAAAGACUAAAAAUGGUGUAGUAAAAGGACAGCCUUCUCCUUCAGGUGCAGCAGUGAACAGCAGCGAAAGCCUCCCUCCAUCCUCAUCCGUCAAUGACAUUUCCUCCAUGUCCACGGACCAGACCCUGGCAUCGGACACUGACAGCAGUUUGGAAGCCUCUGCAGGACCCCUCGGUUGUUGCAGGUGA